AUGAUUCUCAGCGGAAGAACGUCUCGGCUAUUCUGCCAAGGGAAUUGCAGGGUUGCAAACGUCAACUCAUUCGCAGAAUGCAGCAUCGGGAUGCAUCCCAGCGCCACAUUCACGUUUCCUAGCUGCAGGGCCACCUUGCUGGCAUUGUUUGGUCUCGCAGAGGAGUUAAUUAAAAGCCACCUUGAUGAAAGAGCCGCAAAAUUAUCACGCGGUAGAUUUCCGGUCAAGGCUCUAUUUAUGAGUGAUGUCGAGCCGAGCGCGUAUUGCUACUACGACUAUGAUAGAGGGUGUUACGUAUAUCAAACGGUGCAAACCAUUGUCGCGGCUCAGCCCAGCCCAGCGGCGCAGGAGCCACGGCCUCAGAACGAAUCGGCCUCUACGUUGACUACGUUGCAUGGCCGAACCGAGAGCAAUGACAGUAGUAAUUGUAGCAUUUCGAGUGGUCUGUCAAGCCUAUUCGAAAAUAUAUCGCUAGAGAGGAAUUUCAACCCAAUGGAAGCAACUCCAAGAAGCACAUCUCUAUCUUCGGGCGUACUGGUAGGGCCUGGGGAUCCGAGCUGGAAUCGAGGGAGCAGCUACGCUAGCUACGAGCACCCAAAUCCUCCCCUCACAACGCCAACAGGAUGUAGCCCCCAGCUGCCUCUUUCAAAUCCAACCAGGGCAUUUCAUGGAUGGCAUCAGGACCAGAUUGCUCCACCAAAUCCUCAGGCAAGGGAGGGUACAAGGCCCUCACGAGCAAUGCCUUAUCAAAACACACAGGAGAGAAGAGACAAUUCGCAACCGAGUGACCCAGAAAGACUACAGGUAGUCAGUCGCAACGUAGUAAUGAAUCCUGGCACGCCACCAGACCUUCUUCAGCUGGGUAUUACACCGCACAGACAAAUCCGCGGAAAUUCUGAAUCCACGAGAGAAAAGCUGGACUCCAGCUUCUGUAUUCGACGUCCUGGCCACAAGUUUUUUAAGAAAGGUCUUGUUUUUCGGGUUCUAUGGCCUGAACUAGCUGGCGAUAUGAACCAAAAUAUAACUGUUGCAUCAACGCCAAGAUUUGAAGGAGAGAAUUUUUUUGUGAAGGUCAGAUGGUUCGUCGUGGUCCGUGAAGUACCAUUCGACGUCCUUUUAUUUCCCCUUACGCUCUCAAUCCAAACCUAUCGUGGAAGAGGAGUACCAGAAAACAAAGUAAAAAAAGACCACGCGAUCAUGUACACCGGAGAUGUUGCACCAUUGCCACUUCCGUCCGAGGAGCCACGUGGGGCGUGGGAGCUUCCCAUGGGAGAUCCCAUUCGCGUUAUAGGAAAGAAUCAGUGGGGGAGAAUGGAUCCCAUGUCCCGCGUUAAUUUCCUCAAAGUUUACACAGUGGAGCAUAAUGUGAAAAUUGACGAUUUUGGGUAUGUUGACAGGAAUGAUGAGUGGAAGCUCAUCACUCAAUUCAAUUCCCACUGGAACAUUGGACCACUAUCUCACCAAGUAUCACAACCGGAUCCUAGUCUUAGUAAUUCCUCUGAAACGGCCCAGGGUUACUAUGCACCUUCGCAUGCGCCUUCGUAUGCUCCUCAAAAUGAGAACAGCCAGGGACCAACCGAUGAUCCUAGCGGAAACGGCUUCCAAAUCUUGAAUUCAACUGGGCGCUAUCCGAUCUCACCAAUCCCCGAGAAUACAAGAGCCUACCACCAGAGCUUAGGAACAGAACUUCCAAGUACCGAUGACGGAGAUGAUGGAAACGAAACGGAGGUACCCCACGAUGAUGCUCCAACUGGACCGAGACAUGGGGAAGGCUCCGGCUCACAUGGAUCCACCAGGGACAACAAUAAUCCCAUACGUUCACAUACACUCUCGCGUUUCGCGAUUGAGUGUCAUGCUGUGUCCAAACUCAUGAUAACGUCUGCUUGAAGAUGAUCUCUUUUGGUUGCGCUUGCUGAAGUUUAACAUCUCACUUUCAUUGAUAUUACAUGCUUUUUCUUGUUUCAUAUGAACUCCUCGAUAUAGGUAGGUUUGGGAUUAGG